AUGCCACGACCUGGCAGUCUAAAAGACCCAGACAUUGCUGAAUUAUUCAGUAGACAUGAUCCAGAGAAGAUCUUUGAGGACCUUCGUGAGAUCGGUCAUGGGUCCUUUGGGGCAGUCUACUAUGCUCGCUGCAAUCUCACAAAAGAGAUUGUGGCAAUUAAGAAAAUGUCAUAUGUUGGUAAACAGAGUGAAGAGAAAUGGCAGGAUAUCUUAAAAGAAAUUAAAUUCCUCAAACAGCUGGAACAUCCAAACACUAUAGAGUAUAAAGGGUGCUACAAACGAGAACAUACAGCAUGGCUAGUAAUGGAGUAUUGUGUUGGUUCCGCAUCAGACAUAAUAGAGGUGCACAAACGGCCGCUACGUGAAGAAGAGAUCGCGGCGAUCUGUGAAGGUGUAGUCUGCGGUCUAUCUUACUUGCACAGUCUAGGUCGCAUUCACCGGGACAUCAAGGCGGGCAACAUAUUACUCACUGAGAAUGGCACAGUCAAGCUCGCCGACUUCGGCAGUGCCAGCAUCAAGUGUCCAGCCAACAGCUUCGUCGGCACUCCCUACUGGAUGGCGCCUGAAGUUAUACUCGCCAUGGACGAAGGACAAUAUGAUGGAAAGGUGGACGUGUGGUCGCUGGGCAUCACGUGUAUCGAGCUUGCAGAGCGCAAGCCGCCGUACUUCAAUAUGAACGCUAUGUCCGCACUCUACCACAUCGCACAGAAUGAUUCCCCCACCUUACAGUACGUGUUACAGGCGCCAGAAUGGACGGAUACGUUCCGGUACUUCGUGGAGGCGUGCCUGCAGAAAAACCCCGCGGACCGGCCGUCGUCCACGAAGCUACUGUCGCACCCGUUCAUCACUCGGCCGCGCUCACCCAACGUGCUGGUGGACCUCAUCCAGCGGACCAAGGCUGCCGUGCGAGACCUCGACAACCUCAACUACAGGAAGAUGAAGAAGAUACUGAUGGUCGACGCCGAUAACGAGAGUGCUAUAGGGGACAGCGAGGAGACGGCGGAGGAGCGGUCUGGCGGUGACAGCUCGAAGUCCAACUCCGCCACGUCGGAGCACAGCGCGGCCGGCGCGUCCAGCCAGAGCUCGUCCUCCGGCAGUCUGCGCCGCCGGCCGCACGCGCAGGUCAACGCGAACCACCACAGCCAGCCGCCUGCGCCGCCGCACUACACUCACCUCAACCACCAACACUCCGCGCACUCCGCCGUGCCCGCCAGAGCACGCAAGAGCUGGCUUUUCUCAUGUUGCUGUUUCGUACGCAGAGAGAGCGAGAGCCCUCUAGCGGGGGCCCACGACGACUACGUCAACAAGGACGCACUCAGGGACUACGCCAACCGCGACUCGCUGUGUGACGACUAUGGAGAUGACUACGCCAACCGCGACGCAAUCCGCGAGGCGCGAGACCGCGACCGGGAACGUGAACGUGAGCGCGACCGCGAGCGAGACCGCGAGCGCCCGCCCAGCGACUACCGCGAGUACGUCAACGCGCCCGCCGCCUGGCACGACCCCGACGACAACCGCAACACGCAGCGCAGGCAGACCAGCCGCAGUAUAAGCAAUAAUGUUUCUGCGGCCAUGUCGCUGGUAUCAGAACACGGCGCCAACAACUUUGCCACGAUACGAACCACCAGCAUUGUCACCAAACAGCAGAAAGAACACAACCAGGAGAUGCACGAGCAGAUGUCGGGCUACAAGCGCAUGCGGCGCGAGCACCAGGCGGCGCUGGUGAAGUUGGAGGAGCGCUGCAAGGCCGACGUCGACGCGCACAAGGCGCAGCUCGACAGGGAGUACGAGGCGCUGCUGCAGCAACUCUCGCGGGACCUCGAGCGUCUGCAGACCAAGCACGCGCAAGAGUUGGAACGCAAACAGAAACAGAAUGCAGCAGCAGAGAAGAAGUUAAUAAAGGAUAUUACAGCGAGACAAGAACAGGACAGGAAGGCGUUCGAGACACAACGCAAGCGCGAGUACAAGGCCAACAAGGAGCGGUGGAAAAAGGAACUCAGCAUGGACGACGCCACGCCUAAACGACAGCGGGAUGCUACGCUACAGUCUCAGAAGGACAACCUGAAGCAGGCGGAGGCGGCGGAGGAGAUGCGACUGGUGCGGUCCCAGCGCGAGUACCUCGAGCUCGAGCUGCGCAGGUUCCGGCGCCGCCGCAUGCUGGCGCUGCAUCACAAGGAGCAGGAACUGCUGCGGGAGGAGCUGAACAAGCGUCAGAACCAGCUGGAGCAGGCACACGCAAUGUUACUACGUCACCACGAGAAGACCCAGGAACUAGAGUACAGGCAACAGAAAGGAGUACACGCGUUAAGAGAGGAGCAGUUAUCGAACCAGCACGGCACGGAGCUGGCCAACCAGCGCGACUACAUGCAGCGCGCAGAGCACGAGCUGCGCAAGAAACACGCGCUUCAGCUUAAACAACAACCUAAGAGCCUCAAGCAAAAAGAAAUGCAAAUUCGCAAGCAAUUCCGUGAAACGUGCAAGAUACAGACUCGUCAGUACAAGGCGCUCAAAGCGCAGAUACUGCAGAUGACUGCUAAGGAGCAUCAGAAGGAAGUGAUAAAAACGUUAAAGGACGAGAAGCGUCGCAAGUUGGUCCUGUUGGGUGAGCAGUACGACCAGAGCAUCACUGAGAUGUUGCAGAAGCAGACCGUCAGGUUGGACGAGAGUCAGAUGAUGGAGUGCCAACAGCUGAAGAUGCAGUUGGAGCACGAGCUGGACAUGCUGACUGCCUACCAGAGCAAGAGCAAGAUGCAGGCCGAGGCACAACGCAACCGAGAGCGGCGCGAGCUGGAGGAACGGGUCGCCGUGCGGCGCGCGCUGCUAGAGCAGAAGAUGGAGUCCGAGUGCGCGCAGUUCGUGGCGGAGCGCGCCGAGCGCACGCGUCUGCUGCACGAGCGCCACGAGAGGGAGCUCGAGCACUUCGACAACGAGAGCGCACGUCUCGGCUUCAGUGCGAUGGCGAUCGCAGAAGGCAGCCGGGAGGGCUACGGCGAAGAGGAGCAGUCUCUGUCGGGCUCGAUGCUGUCUCUGGCACACAGCAACUCGUCCGCCAGCUUCGCGGCCGGCUCGCUGUAG